CCCCCCAUAGGUGCUGGACCUUGGCCUCAGAGCAGAAGCACAACUCAUCCUCUGACUCUGCUGUUGUAGCUUGUAUGCUCGUCUUAACUCCUUGGGCCAUCGUAAUGCUUUGUAUCCUUGUGAUAUCCUUUGUGAAUGUGAUUUCAUGAGGUGAAAGAUGGGCCCAAGGUAUAAACAUACAGCAGAGAGCAUACUUGGUUAUCCUGGCAUUUCAGAGCAUGAGAGGUGUGAAAGUUUCUUGCUUGUUCAUGCUGAAACUUCCCUCGGGGAUGGUUUGCGAGCUUCCUUGUAUCUUCUUGGUCUUGCCUAUUGUUUCUUUGGGUUGUCGGCUAUUACUGCCCGUUUCUUCCGGUCAAUGGAGAAUGUUGUAAAACAAACUCGGAAGGUAGAUCCUUUCACAAAUACUGAAUUGGUUAGACAUGAAAAGGUAUGGAACUACGCAAUAGCAGACAUCGCUCUUCUGGCUUUUGGGACUAGUUUCCCUCAAAUUUCUUUGGCCACUAUAGAUGCUUUUCAGAACCUUGGUCAGCUUUAUGCCGGAGGUUUGGGUCCUGGAACACUUGUUGGUUCUGCUGCAUUCGACCUAUUUCCUAUCCAUGCUGUUUGUGUAGUAGUUCCUAAAGCAGGAAAGUUAAAAAAGAUAUCAGAUAUUGGUGUCUGGCUAGUAGAACUCUUUUGGUCAUUUUGGGCUUAUAUUUGGCUUUACAUAAUAUUAGAGGUUUGGACCCCAAAUGUGGUUACCCUGUGGGAGGCCUUGUUGACAGUACUGCAAUUUGGAUUACUGCUCAUUCACGCCUAUGCUCAAGACAAACGCUGGCCCUACCUAUCUCUGCCACUGACAAGAGCAGAGAGACCUGAUGAGUGGGUGCCAGUAGAGGCUUCCCCUCGUGAAGAUAAAAAUAAUGAUGACAAUUCUGAGAUACUUCAAGUUGGUGAGGAGGAAGACAGGAACAUAGUUGAUAUCUUCUCCAUUCAUUUGAAAAGGGGUAAAGAUCCACUGUAUCAAAACGUGCCAAAUUCUGAUCUCACUGAAUCGUGUAAUGGAAACUUUCUCAAGAAGUCCAUUCAAGAAGAUUUUAAUGUGGUCUCAGUUUGGAAACAACAAUUUCUGGAUGCAUUAGUGUUAGAGAACACUGAAUCAAGAAAACUGGACAAUUUGUAUUUACGGUUCGCAAGAAUUUCCUGGCAACUAAUCCUUGCACCAUGGAGAGUUCUGUUUGCUUUUGUGCCUCCUUAUCAAAUCGCCCAUGGAUGGAUUGCCUUCGUAUGCACUCUGAUUUUCAUUAGUGGAAUAGCUUAUAUUGUCACAAAGCUCACAGAUCUAAUAAGCUGUGUCACAGGAAUAAAUGCAUAUGUCAUUGCAUUUACAGCACUGGCAGCUGGAACCUCAUGGCCAGAUCUAGUUGCAAGCAAGAUUGCUGCUGAACGUCAAACAACAGCUGACUCUGCCAUUGCAAAUAUAACUUGCAGCAACUCUGUCAAUAUUUAUGUGGGAAUUGGCUUUCCGUGGCUGGUGAACACGGCAUACAACUUCAUCGCUUAUAGGGAACCACUACGGAUCCAAAAUGCCGAAGGCCUCAGCUUCUCUUUGCUAAUUUUCUUCUUGACUUCCAUAGCAUGUAUUGCUGUCCUGGUGUUUAGGCGCAUGACACUGGGUGCUGAGCUGGGAGGGCCAAGGAUAUGGGCAUGGGCAACCUGUAUUUUCUUCAUGUUCCUCUGGGUUGUUUUUGUUGUUCUUUCUUCCCUAAAGGUUUCUGGCAUCAUUUGAUUGCAUCCUCUAUCCCCCUUAACCCUUUUUCCAUAG